AUGAAUGGGAACGCAACGGGACUUUCAGGCGCAAGUGAAAUGGAGCUCGAUGGCGAUGAAGAAGCAGUUGAUGAAGAUGAUGAGAUGGUAGGAAUGGCCAGUGGUGCUAUCGAUGUUACAGAAGAUGAAGAGGCAACCAAGGCAAAGGUUGAAAAGAUGCAGCUUGGUGGAGUAGAUGAUGUGCGCAGUGUUGCAGGUUUAAUGAAAACCUUGGAACCAGUUUUAGAGAAAAUCGCACAUUUUCAAUCAUUGCCUCCUGAUAAACAAACAACUUUCGUCGGCUCGGUCGAAGACAAUCCAGAAUAUCAUUUAUUAACGCAAGCAAACACUCUAUCGACAUCUAUCGAUAGCGAAAUCAUCCUAGUACAUAAAUUUAUACGAGAUCAUUAUUCAAUUCGAUUUCCAGAGUUAGAAACCUUGGUUACCAAUCCUUUGGAUUAUGCCAAAGUCGUCACUAUUAUUGGAAAUGGACCUAUGGAUUCGGAAAAUAUCAAGACACUUCAGACAUCAAAGGAUAACAGACUUGGUGCCACAUUAAGAUCUGUUCUGGAUGGACCAUCGGUUAUGAUUGUCACGGUCGAGGCAACCACUACAAAGGGUCGAGAAAUGUCACCGCAUGAACUCGAAAGAGUACUUCGUGCUUGUGAUAUGACACUCGCACUCGACAGAGCAAAGAAGACAUUAACCGAUUAUGUACAAUCGCGCAUGAACUUGUUCGCUCCAAAUCUUACAGCCCUUAUUGGAUCCCUCACAGCGGCACAACUACUCAACUUCGCGGGAGGUUUAACAGGUCUAGCCAAAACACCUGCCUGCAACCUUCCUCCUCUAGGCUCCAACAAAUCAUCUGGAACUGGUUUCGCUACCAACGUUGGAGUCCGCCAGCAAGGAUUCCUCUAUCACUCACCUAUUAUUCAAGGUAUUCCUAAUGAUCUCAAAAAACAAGCUAUGCGCAUCGUCUCUGCCAAAGUUGUUCUAGCCGCAAGAGUUGAUCGCGUUCAUAACAGUCCAGAUGGAUCUACUGGUGAAGAAUUAAAAGAACAAUGUAUAACCCGACUCGAAAAGCUUACUGAACCACCUCCGAAUAAAGGUGCUCGUGCAUUACCGGCUCCAGAUGAUAAACCCGCACGUAAACGUGGUGGUCGACGUGCUCGACUAGCCAAGGCCGCAACUGCUAUGACGGAUUUGAGGAAAGCACAAAACAGAAUGGCUUUCGGGAAGGAAGAGAAGGAAGUUGGUUACGGUACUGGUGAUGGGACUAAGGGUAUGGGUAUGAUUGGACAAGGUAACGACGGACGUAUCCGAAAUAUUCAAAUUGAUCAACGUACAAAAGCCAAGCUAUCAGCUAAGAACAAAGGUUGGGGUACUUCAACACCAAUGGGUGGUUCUGCCUCCUCACUUCGUGGAUUUGGUCAAUCGGCUAGCAAUAUAGAUUUACGAGGCAAAGGUCUAAGAGCGUCUGGCGUUGGAGGAUUAAGUACUAGUACAGGAGCUAGCGCAGGAACUGCUAGUAGUUUGGCAUUUACGCCAGUUCAGGGAUUAGAGUUGGUAGAUCCAAAGAGAGUAGCAGAAAUGAAGAGAAAGAGGGCUGCCGAAGAAGAUAAAUGGUUUAAGGGUGGAACUUUUACUCAAAUUGGUAAUGGUGGUGCUGACGGAAGUAUGGGACCUCCUCCCAAGAAAGUCGAUUCCGGCGUUGGAAAAAUGGGUCCACCUGCUUUGCCAAAGAAAGCUUGA